ACAACCUCUCUCUUUCUCUCUCUCCCCCCAACAUUUGCCUCUCUUACUUGACACUUCAUUCAAAGAGCAAGAAGGUUUCUUGCUGCUACUCUCACUAUCCUGAAGCAAACCAGCAACACUGAUGGGUGCCUCAGGAAAAUGGGUAAAAGCAUUAAUAGGACUCAAGAAGCCCGAAAAGCAUGCUGAACAUGCGAAGGAGGGGGGUAAGAGCAAGAAGUGGAAGUUAUGGAGGAGUUCAUCGGGUUCAGGGGAUAUGAGUUCGUGGAAGGGUUUCAAAGGAAACCACAAAGCAGCUUCUGAGGGUUCUGAUUCUCCACCAGUAGUGGCAGAUGCUUAUACCGCAGCAGUGGCAACUGUGGUUCGAGCUCCACCUAAGGAUUUUAGACUAGUCAGGCAAGAAUGGGCAGCAAUUAGAAUCCAAACUGCUUUCCGCGCCUUCUUGGCAAGAAGGGCUUUGAGGGCAUUGAAGGGAGUGGUGAGGCUUCAAGCUCUUGUGAGGGGUAGACAGGUGAGGAAGCAGGCUGCGGUGACAUUAAGGUGCAUGCAGGCCUUGGUUCGUGUUCAAGCUCGAGUAAGAGCUCGUCGUGUGAGGAUGUCCAUAGAAGGGCAAGCUGUGCAGAACAUGCUUAAUGAGAGACGCACCAAGCUUGAUCUUUUGAAGGAAGCUGAGGAAGGGUGGUGUGAUAGCAGAGGAACAUUGGAAGAUGUUAAAGCAAAAAUACAAACGAGGCAAGAAGGAGCUUUCAAGAGAGAGAGAGCAAUUGCAUACUCUCUUGCUCAGAAGCAAUGGAGAUCAACCCCAAGCUCUAAUUCACGAAUAAAUCACGAGGUUGACAAAGCUAACUGGGGAUGGAGUUGGUUGGAACGUUGGAUGGCAGCUAAACCCUGGGAGAGUAGAUUGAUGGAACAAUCUCAGGCUGAAGGCUUAGAUAAAACACCACCUCCAAAGAAAUUUGGGGAAACCAUUGUAAGCUCUAAUUCAAAACCUUGCUUGAUCAAAAUCAAGAAAAACAACGUCACAACAAGGGUUUCUGCUAAGCCUCCACAUAUUGGGCAAGCUACUCGCUCAUCCUCAAGUCCUAGUUCUGAAUUCCGGUAUGAUGAGAGUUCUGCAUCAUCUUCUAUUUGUACAUCUACAACACCAAUGUCUGGGAAUACUUGGGACAGGACCGAGGAUGGUAGUAACACUAGACCGAAUUACAUGAACCUGACUCAGUCAACUAAGGCAAAGCAAAAAACAAGUAAUCAACAAAUGUACAACAGAGCUCAAAGGCAACAGUCCAUGGAUGAGUUUCAAUUUCUCAAAAGGGCUGCGGUUUUCUCUAAUGGGGAUUCCAAAAGCACUGCUGGUUCUGAUCCUUCAAUCAACUUUUCUAGACCACUUCACCCACCAACUCACUUGGACAAGAGCUCAUUGAGACCAAGAUGAGUGGGACUGAGCUCAGCCUACGUUGUUUGAGGGAAGCUCAACAUCUAUAUGUAUUUAUUUAUUUUUUUCCAAGAAGUUCAACAUCUUGUUGUUCCUUGCACUUUAAUUGAGUUAGCUAGCUAGCUAGCUAGAAGUAGCUUAUGUGCUUGAUACUACUUGAAGGGUCUGCAUUUGUAUAAUUGUUCAUUUGUGGGUAUUGAUAUUAAUCAGCACUGAGAGCUUAUCUGGAUAAAUCAUCAAUUUUAAGCAAGACCUAAA